AUGACCGUCGGUUCCAAUAAUCAGAACAUAUCUUUUUUCGCCAGCGGAGAUUACAAUGAGACGUAUAUUUACGGAACGGAUGGAUUCUGUGCAGAUUCCUACUCAUCGGGAGCAUGUGUAACAUUUCGUGGCGGAGCAUACGAUGCAUGGAAAUCGUCUACAGACAAGUCGGUCAGCAGUCGAAAGGAUAACACUCUCAGCUUCGGCAUUAACACAUCGAUUUCUUCGUUUGGAUUCGGCAUUCCGAAACAACACCUCAGUCAGGCCUUCACCAGUCAAUCGCAGCUCAGCUUGGGCAAGAACUCAUCAUUUUUACAAGCGCUCGUUUCCGCAGGCAACAUAGGUACGAAAGUAUACUCCAUAUUCUGGGAACUCGUCGGUGGUCCCGCCGAAAAGCAAAGUCGAGGGUCAUUGGUUCUCGGCGGUGUGGACAGAUCGUUAAUUUCAAAUCCAAAUGACAACUUCACAGCAUCACGGUUCCGAGGCGGCCGUUGUGGGACAGCGGCGAUACAAGCAUGCAUAAGUCCCAGAUCCGCGGGACUAAUGACGCUUCCACUAAGCUAUUACGACAACUUCAAAUUGAUCACGGGUGGAACGCCUCCAGAUAACAGGACCGAGGCAAGAAGCCUCGAUAUCAACUACUUCACAAUGCUCUUUGAGCCGAGUAACGUUUAUUACGGAGGCCUGACGAUCCAGCUUCCGAACAGCAUCUCAUUGAAGAUUCCUAAUACCGAACUCGUUGUUCCCGACACAUAUAUUGCCUCCAACAGCGCAGUACAGACAAAUACAUCGGUGCGAAACGUCGUCAUCAACUCACUUCAGUCCUAUAAUGGUAACGAUCUACCAGUUCUUGGCCGGCUGUUCAUGAGCUCGGCAUACACAAUGGUCAAUCAAGAAGCCGGGCGAUUUUCCGUCUGGCAAGCGAACACAGGGUCAAGAACCCUUGAUGUAGUCGCAGUUGACAAACAGAAUAACAUGAUUAGCGAGUUUUGCACGAACUCGACGGGUAGAUCAAUCGAUGCUGCACCUUCGCCAACUUCUUCCCUCAAUAUCCUAGUGCCAACAAAUGAAGCGUCAAAGCUGUCGGGUGGCUUAAUUGGUGGGAUAAUCGUUGGUGUAUUGGGAGGUCUGGUCCUACUUGGUGCCAUUGGCUUCAUUCUGUAUCGGAGACGAAGGCUAGGUAACGCGGCAACAAAAGCAGCACAGAAACCAGAGUCGCAGAUGAUAACAGAUGUAAAGUCGUCUACACUUGUUGUCGUUUGA